AUGGAUGGAAUGAAUCACUCCACGGUGUCAGAGUUUGUGUUCCUGGGACUCACCAACUCCUGGGAGAUCCAGCUUCUCCUCUUUGUAUUCUCCUUCAUGUUUUAUGUGGCAAGCAUGAUGGGAAACUCCCUCAUCAUGCUCACUGUGACUUCUGACCCUCACUUGUACUCUCCAUACUUCCUGUUGGCCAACCUCUCCUUCAUUGACCUGGGAGUUUCUUCAGUCACUUCUCCCAAGAUGAUUUAUGACCUUUUCAGACAGCAUAAAGUCAUCUCCUUUGGCGGCUGCAUCACUCAAAUCUUCUUUAUCCACAUCAUUGGUGGUGCAGAGAUGGUGCUGCUCAUUGCCAUGGCCUUUGAUAGAUAUGUUGCCAUAUGUAAGCCUCUGCACUAUCUGACCAUCAUGAGCCCAAGAACGUGCAUCUUCAUUUUCGUGGCUGCCUGGAUGACUGGCCUUAUCCACUCUGUGGUUCAAUUGGCUUUUGUGGUAAACUUACCCUUCUGUGGUCCUAAUGUAUUGGACAGCUUUUACUGUUACCUUCCUCGGUUCAUCAAACUUGCCUGCACAGACACCUACCGACUAGAGUUUAUGGUCACAGCCAAUAGUGGACUCAUCUCUGUUGGCUCCUUCUUCAUACUGAUCAUUUCCUACAUCAUCAUCAUUCUCACUGUUCAGAAACACUUUUCAGCUGGUUCAUCCAAGGCUCUGUCCACACUGUCAGCUCACAUCACUGUGGUAUUCUUGUUCUUUGGUCCUUUUUUUUUUUUUUUUUUUUUUUUAACAUGGCCAACUCCCACCAUACACCUGGAUAAGAUUCUGGCCAUCUUUGAUGCUGUUCUCGCUCCUUUCCUGAAUCCGGUCAUGUAUACAUUCAGGAAUCAAGAAAUGAAGGUGGCAAUGAGGAGGGUAUGCAGACAGCUAGUAAAUUACAGGAUGAUCUCUUAA